CUGUGCCCUGGGACAGAGCUUGCGGGACGCACCAAGACCCCAGACCCCAUGGCGCAGAAACCGCUCGGCACCGAGGCCGCGGAACGCAUGAACUUUGUGGCCCAGGACAAGAUCUGGAGAUACCGUCUGAAGGCUGAAUCCGAAGCACGGCAAAACUGGCCCCAGAACUGGGGGUUUUUAACAACCCCCUUCGAGGAGCUGAUCAAGUGUGAAGAAGAACCCCCCACCCCAAAGCCCAAAAUCGAACUUCCUGAGCGUUUCCGCAUCCGGCCAGUGACCCCAGUGGAGAAAUACAUCAAGGUCCUCCCCUCCCCGCCAGUCCCGCAGACGACGCAGGGCUUCAUCGGCUGGAGGUCGGCGGUGCCAGGCCUGAACAAGUGCCUGGAGCACGACAUCGAGAUCCAAAGCUGCAAAGGGGCGUAUGCCAGGGAGCUGCGCUGGCCCAAGCAGGGCGUGCACUGAGUCCAGCC